AUGUUCAAAUUCAACCAACCAGCAGCAGCAGCACGCACAAGUCGGUUCGAGGACGAUUCCUUGGACAAGAACACGACCUCGUGUCAGGUAGCCAUCUUCAACGAAGACGACCUUUCACAUCUACUCUUCCUGGAAACGGCGGGCCAUGACAGCCACAUCAUGAUCAACAAGGUCGACGACCAUGUUGAAGCAGAGACCCCGCUGGAGCUGGAGAGCCCACUCGUGAGCGAUCACCACGACCUGUCGUCGGAUGACGAGAGUGCCAUAAUCAGCGACACUGAGGAGGAGAGCGAUGUCGAGAUUCCCCCGUCCCCAUCCCGGCGCCGAGGCGGGACCAUGUCCAUCUCGGACGACGACUUUGAGUUCCCCAUCUUCCUCGGGCAACAACAAGACGUCGAGAAACGCCAAGACGAUGAGAAGAGCAGUGGGACUCGGCAGGAUGCCGCCGCAAAUGCUCGGCCUAUCCUGCGGCGAGGCGAGGCUGUACCCAAGCCGCGAGAAACACAGGAGAGGAUCGGCGACACAGAGGCAACCAAGCACGUCCAGUUUGUCGACAAGACAGAACCCCAGGUUGCUUCGAUAACAGGUCCGCUCAUGUCAUGGUGGCCGACUCCCAUUGAGGACAUGGAGUAUGACUGGGUCGACAAGGCCAGCCGGACUGGCAUGGCUAUUAUCGAGCACGUUGCCGAAAUCGAAGGUCCCCUCAUGUCGUGGUGGCCCGCGCCUACGGACAUGUUACAGUACGAUUGGAACGAGAGAUUUUACGAAUGA